AAGAUUUCUUCCUUAAAGGAUUGAAGAGAAAUGGCAAGAGUUUUAAUCUAUUUCUUAAUAUCCUAUCUUCUGAAUGUAGUAGAUUCAAACUGCUCGGAAGGUUGUCUUCCAAAUUUUUCUUGUAACCCAUACGAUAACAAAUGCUACGAGAAUCCAACGCCAAGUACAAGGCCAUCAGUAUGGUUGGGUGAAGCUCCAGACAAAUGUGACAGAACGGAAAAGCAUUGUGAAUUGUUUGGCUUAAACUAUGAUUCCUCUCAUCCGAAAGGUGAUGGGGAAUUUUGUAGAAACGGUACAAAAGUGAGAUGCUUAGUUCAGGAGAACAUCGAUCUGGAAACCACGCCAUCAAAUGAAUUUCGUUAUGUGACAUAUAACAUCUUUGAAAGGGAUUUUGCUAUAACUUACGAUGGUCAACGAGAAAGAUCAUGUCGUAUAAUUUACUGGAUGAUUAGAAAUCAUCCAAAUAUAGAUGCAUUUUCAUUCCAAGAGACUUUUAUGGGCGGCUGCUUUUCAGACGAUAAUCUAACUUUAAGGGAUAUGUUAACCUAUUAUGGUUUUGAAUAUUAUACGCAAACAAUUGAAUCCGAUUCUCAACCAUCGAAUGGAGGAAUAUUUAUUGCUUCGAGAUGGCCAAUAGCCUUUAAUUCAAGUUAUGUGUAUACUAAUUACAAACCAGACUCUUGGGAUUCUUUCGCCGCUAAAGGAAUUGUCUAUGCAAAAGUUAUUAAAACUGUUAACCAAAAGGCUGAAAUAUAUCAUUUGGGUGGUACGCAUUUACAGUCUGGUAAGCCAAAAACUUAUCAAAGUCAACAAUGUAAAGAAAUAGCUGAAUUUUUUGGAAAUUUAAGUAUACCUGAAACAGAGGCUGUUCUCAUUGGAGGUGAUUUUAACCUGAAUCAAUUAUUAUCAAACGAUACAGAGGAAACUGAGAAUUUGAUCAAGUGUAUGGAAUAUUUAAAUGCUAACAUUCCAGUAAAUACUGGACCACUAAACGCAACUACCGAUCCUACUACUAAUGAUCUAUUGCAAAUUUUAAAACCUAAUAAAACCAAAAAGAAUUGGAUAGAUUAUGUUCUUCCAAGUAUAUCCUUUAAAAAACCAAUUGAAUCAAGUCAAACAGUUCUUCAACCGAAAGCUAGUGAAAAGUUUCCCAUAUGCUUAUGUGAAAGAUGCAUUCCGUUGGACGACUACAUUUACCCGGAUGACCCUGAAUGCGGGAGAGUUGUAAAAAUAAGUCAUCUUGCGGAUCAUUAUCCCGUUCUUGGUAAAUUUGUAUUUCAAUAAAUAAAAACUAACGCUUUAAAUAAUCUAUUUAGAUGUAAAAACAAAACGCAUUUUUCAUGGUAAAAUAAACAUUUUACGUCAUAA